AUGGAAUUUGAACAACGUGUACCCUGUAUUGAAGGUACCACCGAUAUGUCCUGUGAUAAAUGUCACAUUUGUGCCAAUAAUCAAAACCACCUGUCGUCGUCGUCCUCUUGCCAAACCCCCAAUACAACAACAACAGCCCAGCCUAGCAGUGCCAAUACCAGCAGCAUGGAAUUUAAUAGCAAAUUCCAAUGGCUACCCGGCAGUUCUAAUUGUGGAUUAAGUUCGUCGUCUUCGUCAUCUGCAUCAUCACCUUUUACUCUGCGUCGCAUUUGUAUGCUGUUGCUGGUGGCCAGCCUCUUUACAACGGCCGCCGGUUGUGGUCCCGGCCGGGGUAUUGGCGGCCCUCGACGCAAACGAAAACUAACACCAUUGGUGUUCAAACAGCAUGUACCAAAUAUGUCGGAACAAACAUUGGGCGCUUCGGGCGUCAGUGAGGGUGCCAUUAAAAUCGAUUCACCGAAAUUUAAAAAAUUGGAAUUUAAUAAUAAUCGUGAUAUCAUCUUUAAGGAUGAGGAGGGCACCGGAGCCGAUCAUGUUAUGACAAGGCGCUGCAAAGAAAAGUUAAACACCUUAGCCAUUUCCGUGAUGAACCAAUGGCCCGGUAUUCGUCUACGUGUCACCGAAAGUUGGGUGGAGGAACAGUUACCCUAUACCAAUUCCCUGCAUUAUGAGGGUCGAGCUGUGGAUAUCACAACCUCCGAUCGGGAUCGCAGUAAAUAUGGCAUGCUGGCCCGUUUGGCUGUGGAGGCGGGUUUCGAUUGGGUCUACUAUGAGACCAGGGCUCACAUUCACUGCUCCGUUAAAUCUGAUUCCUCUCAUACACCCCAUGACAGUGGUUGUUUUACCAAAGACAGUACCGUGCUAACAUCGACCGGAGAACGUAAGGCCAUGACCGAUUUACGCAUUGGCGAUCGUGUGCUGAGCAUCAACGAACAAGGUGAAGCGAUAUAUAGUGAAAUUAUACUCUUUAUGGAUCGUAAUAUGGAUGAGGCCCAAGAAUUUGUGCAAAUGACCACAGAGGGAGGAGCCAUUCUCACUGUGACCCCGGCUCAUUUGAUUAUGAUUUGGAAUCGUGAAAAAUCGGUGACAGAAUAUGUCUUUGCUGAUCGGGUACAGGAAGGAGAUCAGGUAUUCGUACACGACUCCACUGGGGUCCUAAGGCCACAACGUAUUGUCGAUUUGCGUGCGGUAUUGAAACAUGGCUUCAUUGCCCCAUUAACAAAAGAAGGUACAAUUGUGGUGAAUUCUGUGGCGGCCUCAUGUUAUGCUGUCGUCAAUAGCCAGUCCUUGGCCCAUUGGACUUAUGCCCCUGUAAGAAUAUGGUCAAUGUUGAAAUCGUAUUUACCCUCAAGCUCAUCCUCCAAAACCGACACCACAGCUCAAAUGCAAAAUGGUGUCCAUUGGUAUGGCAAGACUUUGUAUGGCAUUAAAAAUUAUCUAGUACCUAAGUCAUGGAGGCAUUGA